AAAAAGGCUGCAGGUUUGUUGUAGUGAGUUUAUCACUGAGACAGGGGUCAAGUGAAAGACAAAGAAAAAUGGCGAUUGCGUUCAUUUACUGGCUUCAGAGCAGCAAGCUUUCUACUUUGCAAUGUGUGCCGCCUGCAUUGCACUGGAGCUGCCUUAGGGAUUGUCUAAAUUUGAGACGCUUUUGAUUGUUGGCCUCCUUUUUUUGGAGCCUAGGAGUGUCUUCCAUUCCUCCUUCUCCCUCCGGACCCGGAGAGGGAAGAGUAUACCAUGAAGCUGGAUGUUAGGCUUUCUUGUGUUCGACCCCACAGUAGGCUGUUGUUGUCCCAUUGAUCAGCCUAUCGUCUGAAUCAAGGCCUAGGAAUGUCUGCUACUGCAGAUGGUUCAUUUACUACAGCCUCUCAGGGAGGUGGUAGCAGCAGUGAAGCCCAACACUUGCUUCAGACAUUCUGGCCACGAGUCAUGGAAGAGAUCCGCAACUUGACACCGAAUGAUUUCAAGGUGCAAGAUCUUCCUUUGGCUCGUAUCAAGAAGAUUAUGAAGCUUGAUGAAGAUGUAAAGAUGAUCAGCGCAGAGGCACCAGUGCUGUUUGCGAAGGCAGCUCAAAUUUUCAUUACAGAGUUAUCCUUGCGAGCGUGGAUACACACUGAAGAUAACAAACGCAGGACUCUGCAGAGGAAUGACAUUGCAAUGGCCAUCACUAAGUUCGAUCAGUUUGAUUUUCUGAUUGACAUUGUUCCUAGAGAUGAGUUGAAACCUCCAAAACGACAGGAGGAAGUCCGUCAGACAGUUCCAAGCUCAGAACAGGUGCAGUACUACUUCACAUUGGCCCAGCAGCCCACAACUGUGCAGGUACAGGGGCAGCAACAGGGUCAACAGGGCUCUGGGAGUGCAACCAUUCAGCCAAGCCAGAUCAUCAUUGGACAACCGCAACAGGGACAGGUGGUGCAAGGAGCUACGGUCCAGCAGUUGCAGCAAGUCCAGGUUGCACAGUCUCAGACUACAGCAUCAUCCAUUACGAGUGCCCCGGUGACGAUGCAGGUUGGCGAUGGGCAACAGGUGCAGAUUGUUCCAGCACAGAACCAAACGCAGCAGACUCAAUCCAACUCAGGACAGACCAUGCAGGUCAUGCAGCAAAUCAUCACCAACACUGGUGAGAUACAGCAAAUACCGGUGCAGUUGAAUGCUGGACAGCUGCAGUAUAUUCGUCUGGCUCAGCCUGUAUCUGGAACACAAGUGGUACAGGGGCAAAUCCAGACCCUUGCCCCAGGAAAUCCGCAGCAGGUAGGACAAGCAGAGGUUCAACAGGGACAACAACAACAGCAGCAGCAACAACAGUACAGCCAGUUUACUGACGGACAGCAACUGUACCAGAUUCAACAGGUCACGAUGCCGGCUGGACAGGACAUCACCCAGCCCAUGUUCAUCCAAUCCACUAACCAGACUGCAGAUGGACAGCCUACCCAGGUCACGGGGGAAUAGUGCAAAGGGAUUAGAGAGCUGAAAUCAACUGCCACCGAAGCCAUGUAUAAAUAGUACUGUCACUAAAUAACUAGGAUGGAAAAUGACUUUUUUAAAGAAGUGUUUUUUUCCCUUGCAUUGUGCUAAGCAAAAAUAAUUGUACAUACAUAAACUGCAAUAAACUCCUUCCGAAUAGAACUUUGUAAACUCAUGCGUGAGGAGAGGUAGGAAGGAAAGUUCCUGCCUGUGCUGGUGAUGCUGUACCAUAACUGACCAUAUUGCUGUUUCUGUUCAAUUGUACGGUGUUGUUGCUCACUAAAGUUAAUCAGCUUUUUUAAAAACAUGAUGCAACAAAUGCUAAAAAUAGACCUGAGUUAAAUGAAGGUAAACUAGCUGGUUGUGUUCCUUAGCUGGCGUUAAAAGCUGGUCUAAACCAUAGUUUCCCAGUAACAGGUUUAUAAACCAGCAUCAACUCAGCAGGUCUGACAGCAUCUGCGGAGAGGAAUACAGUUAACAUAUCGAGUCUGUAUGACUCUUCAUCAGAACACUAGAUUGUGUUCAUCAGUGGGUUCUGAUGAAGAAUCAUAUGGACUCGAAAUGUUAACUAUGUUCCUCUCCGCAGAUGCUGUUAGACCUGCUCAGUUUUCCCAGCUGUUUUUGUUUUUGUUUCAGAUUUCCAGCAUCCGCAGUAUUUUGCUUUUAUAUUUGUAAACCAGCUUUCCUGGUCAAUAUUGAAUCAAAAAAUCGGUAUAUGUAAAUUAGUCAAAAUUCAAGAAGAUCAAUGAGAUGUAUUUACAGUGCAGCGUUGUCAGAGAUUGUUAUACACCAACAAUUACUUCAAUUUAUAUGGUGCCUUUAACAUAACAUGUUCCAGGCACUUCACAGGAGCAUUAUAAAACAAAAUGUGACCAAAAACUUUGUCAAAGAGGAAGGUUCUAAGGAGUGUCUUAAAGGAGGAAAAUGAAUUAGAGGUAGCAAGCUGUAGAAAGAGUAUUCCAGAGCUUGGGGUCUAAACAACUGAAGUGAUGCUCAAGAGACCAGAAUUACUUGAGUGCAGAUACUUUGGAGAGUUGUGGGGCUGUGAGGUCAGAGAUCAGGAGCAACGAGUCCAUGGAGGGAUUCAAAACAAAGAUGAGAAUUUUAAAAUCAAGACCAACAUUCAAAGCAUUGUAUAAAUCUGGGGUCAGGGCCCAAUCUCUAGAGAGAAGUAAGGUGGAACUCCAUAGAAUAUUUCAGUGAAAUGUUGAACAAUGCUUGCAAACCGUGCGGUCUAUCUGAACAACUGCAGUCUAGUGUUGCAGUUGAACAACUGAGAUUAAAUGUCCAUCUAAUUCCUUUGUGAGUUGUUUAAGAACUCUUUCUGACCUAUUUUGAAAUGCUGACAGUUUACUGGAGUUCGGGAUGUUGGUGUUUAAAGUAAUUGUUUCUUUACUAUACAUUGCUGAUAAUACUACUGAUGAGCAAACUGCACAGGGUCAUGAAGAUAGACAGGUUUAUUAGCCAGGUGCUGCAACUUACCUGACAAAUGUCCCAAACCAGCUGGGAGGGACCCCGUUCAUGUUUUGCCGGCUCCCAAAUAUGUAAUGUUGUUCCAGACAGGAUGUCAGGUGAUUUCUCUACAAUACUGGGAGUUGGAGGCCAGCACUGAUGAUCUGGCAUGCUGCUAAGUGGCUCGUAAGAAAUACAACGGUUAUCCUGGUAUCCUCCAUUGCCCUGGUAAAUAUCACAAGAUAAAUUUGGUCGAGAGAGGCCCUUCCAUCCAUAUAGCAAUACCCCUAUUGCAAUAUCCAAUUGUUUCUUGAAUAUUUCCAGGGUUUUUGCCCCCACUAUACAUGGAAUCCCAUUCCAUGUGUUGAUUUUUACAUGAAAAACAUCCUAACAUCAGCCCUGUAAUUGUGCUUGACUAGUUUGUAGCAGUAUCUCAUUGACCUACUCAUGAAUUGUUUUCCAAUUGUACCCUUUUCUAUAGUAUUUACGAUCUUGUGACACUCUCAUCCCCCUCCAUCUUUCCUUAUAUCUGUGCCCUUUGACACUGGGAUUGAGCCCUAAUCAUUUUCCCUGCACUGCUUCCAACACUUCAAUGUCUCCCCUGUGUUCCGGUGGCCUAGAAGUGGAUAAAGAUGUGUUCUAAUCUGAACAUUAUUGAGUACUGAACUUGAUAUGAACUCAAAUGCUUCAGCUAUAUAGUUGGAACAUUCAAUCAGCCCAUUAUGUGCUACUCUGCAUAGCAUUGUAUUCAUUCUCAGGGCAUGGGCAAUGCUGAUAGAGCUGGCAUUUAUUGCCCAUCCCUAGUUGUUGAAGAAGUUGGUGGCGGGCUGCACUUUUAAACUGCUGCCGUCUGUGGAGUGAAAUUGCUCCCCACAAUGCUGGUGGUUAGGAAGUUCCAGCGUAUCAACUUGAGUUUAGGCAUAAUUUAGUAUUGAACCUAAUAGAACCUCGUAGGCUUCUUCAAAUCCCCAACCAUUCUGACACCAAUCAUGGAAUAUAUGUUACCCAUUUUUUAAUUAUGUCAGUAUUACUUAAUCAGCUUCAGCACUAUUCAAGCAAUUUGCUUUACUAGUCUUUUAUAAUUUCCAAAAUAGAAUGUAUCCUCCCAUUGUUGCUAGUCUGAAUAGGGUAACAUCCUGUAUAAGGCUUGACAGUACAGUCGAGUUUCUGUAUUUUCAAAAGGGAUGAACAAGACACAUUAUGAAAGUGUGCUGUCUGGAACACCACGAACCUGAGUCACUUUGAUUUUCUGUAAUAUUAAAUCUAGAUCAUUUUGUGUUAAUUAAUGUGCAGUAAUUUGUUUCAAUGACCCUGGCUGUAGGUUGGUCAGUCAGCCAAACCAGUAAGUGCUUGACUUUGAAUCCACAGAAAAAUUUGCUUUUUUAAAGAUGGAAAGCUUUUAAUAAUCCUUCUGGAGUGUUAAAGGUUGUCUGUUUUUUGUUCAUCCUGGCUAGAUGGGGCCUGAUCUCAUCAACGUUUUUUAAUCCUGCUAUUUACAUAUAGAAUAAUGCAGCACAGGAGUCUAUUCAGCUCAUUGUGCCUGUGAAUUCUCUUUGAAAGAGCUAUACAAUUAAUCCCACUUUCCUUGUAGUUCUGCAAAUGAUUUUUAGUUCAAAUACUUAACUAAUUCUCUUUUGAAUGUUAUUGAAUUUGCUUCCACCACCCUUUGAGGCAGUGGUUCCAGAUCAUCAUAACUCAAUGUGUAACAAUAUUUCUCCUGUUCCUUCUAGUUCUUUCGCCUAUUGCCUUAAAUCCAUGUCCUCUGGUCACCAACUUUUCAAUCACUGUAAACUGUUCCUCGGGCACAGAACUGAGUACAGGUUCUGAGCAUUAUCAACCCUUUAAGGGUGACCGAUGUGGGAUUAGCAAUAUUAACACAGGGACAGAACGGGGGGAAGGGGUUCUCAAGAUGGGACAUUGGAGUGCUUGGGUUAGGACUGAACACAACAUUCCCCAGCAGCUGACACUCUGUGCUCAAAAUGUCUGCACCUUCCCUGUUUUAAAAAAAAAAUUAUGCCUCCUUUAUGUAUAUCAACUGGUUUUUGGAACUAACUGUACCUGAUGGAAUCUAGUUCCUUCUAACCUUAAACCCAAUAGAAUGUUUUUCUCAGCCUGUGAAGUGAAGGGCUGGAAGUAGAGUUAGGCUGAGAUCACAUUGAUGUGGAUUUAAUACUCCAUUCUGUGUUUCAUGUUUUAAAUAAGUAAUUUGUCUCUGCACUGUCUAUUAAUUAGGAGAGAAACUAGUUUGCGUUCUCAUUGCUGAUUACACUUCCGAGCAGAGCCCAUUGAUCAGCAAUGCAUGUGAAUAUUGGGUGAGGCUGGGGUUGGAUGUGGUUGUGAUGAGUUCCCUCCUUGGUGAAUAGGUUGCCACUGAUACCUGUCUUAAGCCCAUACAGAAGAUUGGCCCCUUAGGUGAGGUACAGGAGGGCUGUUGGGGCCUUGGAGUUCUGUCCCAGCAAGAUUCAAUGUCUGGGGGUUGGAUUGGAAAUAUUUUAAAAUGGUAUCCAGUCAUUCUUGAACCUCAUAUUUUAAAUAUCCCCCAGAACUAGAUUUCUGCUAUUAUGUUGCUGAAAGGGUAUUUGCCUGUUGACAAACAAGAGUGUUUGUUUGUUGUUCAAUAUGCUUUCCAUAUCCAAUACAUUAAUAUGUUUUUUUUCCCAUUCUUCCCCCCUGACUGGAAAUCUAAUUUUUACUAUUGAUGCUAAAUCUGCUCACAGCUCAAGAUCACAUUGGCUAUCCUGUAGUUGUCCAUGUGGCAAAGCCCACCCCUGGCCUUAACUCUCUUCAUCUAUUUUUCCUCAUCUCCUAUAGUGUAUAAAGCUAUCAAAAACUGCCCCACUGCUCAACGGUGAAAAAAUACUGCCAAGUAAUGUACUUUCUGAUUCAAUUAAGAACUUAGCUGACACUUGAAGACAAGACAGUCCUUUGGUUCAGUUCUAAUGUUUGUAUUGAGUUAACUGAUCUGGGCACAUUCUACAGUGAAACUUGCCACAUCUGGGCUAGAGAGAUGGGGUAGUUAGCAAGUUUUGUGCUCCAGUAUCCCCAGCACUGCUGGAAGAUGCUUGUGGGUGAGAAGCGAGUCAACUGAGGUCUCCUAUUCCCCUGACACCCUUCUCCAGGUUCGGAAGUCUAUUGUCCCCCACUGUCUGGACUUGCAGUUGAAAAUUAGCCACUUGCUAAUUGUUGGUGAACUGCUCAUCAGCAAUGGCCUUCUUCAGCAUGGGAACAAAUUGACAAAAUCCAAAGUGACUGUGAGACAGAGAUAGGAUCUUUAAUCCAACUGGACAGUUUUGAUGCAUUUUUAGAAAAGCUGAUUAAUUCUAUGUGACAUUUGUGCUUCAUUUCAGUUUUAUAAAGCACAGUUUAUUCUAAGGAAUGUUUAACUUUUGUGUGUGCAAUAAAAGAAAAUGUUUAGUCAAUGAUUCCCAUCCCCCUGUUCCAUUUAACAUCUCUCUCUGGCAAUGAUUCUCUUUAAAUCUUAAGUUCUCUCUGAUUUUAAUUAAAUAUCCCCGCUCUGCAAUAAUUCUCAUUAAACAACUAUCUUUCUCCUUCUCUAGUGAUAAUUCUCAAUGCAUACCCAUGUCCCUUUCUCUGGUGAUGAUUUUCAUCAGACAACUACACCUCCCUCUCUGGAGAGAAUUUUCAUUAACUACCCAUUCCUCCCUCUAUGGCAAUGACUCUUAUUAAAUAAAAACAGCAAAAAAAGACAGAGUUAACGUUUCAAGUCUAUGACUCUUCUUCAAAGCAGAAGAGUCAUACGGACUGGAAACGUUAACACUUUUCCUUUCCACAGAUGCUUUAGACCUGCUGAGUUUUUCCAGCACUUGCUGUUUCUGUUUCAGAUUUCCAGCAUCUGCAGUAUUUUGCUCUCAUUCUUAUUAAAUACCUGCCUUUUGAAUCAUUUUGCUGAGAUGACCCAAUGUCUAUACAAGAGCCACUCGUGAGCUUCCUUAUCCGUCCUUUUUUUUUAAAAGAAAAAGAGUUUUGUGUUAAAUAAGAGUUUCCAGGAAGGUGGUGACAUUGUGACUCCUCAUUCAGGGAGUUCGAAUCACUCUUCUGACAUGGUUGGAUGCCUGGUCCAGGGUAAUGAAAAUAUUCUAAUUGUGUGUGUACAUUGUGUUACAAUUUCUCACUCUCUUUCCUCCCCACCCCUGCCCCCACUGUGUUGUGUGAAACACUGGGUGCAUUUGUUGUUUAAAGCUGUCUUAAUUUUCUGAAAUCUGGAGUCUUUGGUAUUAGCCCACUUUUACUUUAUAUAUCUUUAGAAAUAAAAUCCUUUUGUUA